GGAUUCGGAUUUCGGUUAAAGCGUGUAGGUUGCAAUCGAUUGCGUUCAUUGUGUUUGUGUUGACCUCCUUAUCCUCCAAUUCUUGUCGUCAGGGAGAAAGAAGAGAGGUUAUAGAUUUAGGAAAUGGUAAGAUCGUAAAGAUUUGGAUUAGAUUCAGAGGAGGAAAAGGGACAGGUGGUGGUGAUGAACGAGGAGGAGUCUCCUUUUUUUCUGUUGAAUUCUUGUGCUGUCGUCAAGGAAUCUUUUUGUGGGCUGUGAUACUGUUGCUGUUGUCUUCCGUCAUCGCACCUCCUCAUCCCUGAAACCCUUGCAAGAAGAUCGGUUCUAGGGUUUGUGAUAUCUCAUGGUGGUCUAUUACUGGAAGUGGCGGGGGAUAGAUAUUCCAGAUCCGUAGUGUAUGGAGCAGUUGUAGUGAGGGUACAUGGGGACAGCAUGCACUACAAAGGAUUUACAUCUACCAAGACAAGAAACAAUGUCAGACAACAUGCCUAUUGACUUGAGGGAGGAUGCAGGCAUUCCUGUGGCAAAUUCAGGUUAUGUCAAUGAGGCUACUGUGUCUCCAAAGAUGCAGAUGGAGAGCGAUAGUUGUGGUUGCGAGGAAGUGAAGGUCAAACGGUCGCUUCGGCGCCGAAGUGGGAUUUACUAUGGCGUAUUUGAUAUUAGCUCUGAAGAGGAAUCAGACUGCGAACAAUCUAUUAAGGAUCGGACUUUAAAACGUUCCCGACAAAAGAAUGAUGUAUCGAGGAGCACUAACAAGUCCAGAUAUGAAAGGCAGGAGCCUUCUAGAUGGAAUCCAAAAGAAGCACGUAGACCUGUCAUUGAUGAAGCUCCUGUGUUUUAUCCAACUGAGGAGGAUUUCAAAGAUACACUUGGAUACAUUGCUAGCAUAAGAGAGAAAGCAGAAAAAUAUGGUAUAUGUCGCAUUAUUCCACCUCACUCUUGGUCACCACCUUGUCCUCUAAAGGAAAAUAACUUUUGGGGAUGUACUAAGUUUACCACUCGUGUACAAGAAGUUGACAAGCUUCAGAAUAGAGAGCCAAUUAGAAAAAAGUUCAGGAAUCGUUGCCAUAAAAGAAGAAAGAGAAGAAAGCGCUUGAGAUUUGGGAUGACUCGAAGGCGGAAUGCCUCUGCUGUUUCUGAAACAAAUGAAUCUGUUGGCUCAGACACAGAUGAGAAGUUUGGUUUUCAGUCUGGAUCAGACUUUACACUUGAGACAUUCAAGAAAUAUGCUGAUGAGUUCAAAAAACAAUAUUUUGGAGUGAAGGGUACUAAUGGAAGCAUAGAGCAUCAAGACGACAACCAUGAGAAGAAGUGGCAACCCUCCCCGGAGGAUAUUGAAGGAGAAUAUUGGCGGAUAGUUGAGGAUCCAACUGAUGAGAUUGAGGUGCAUUAUGGUGCUGAUCUGGAUACUGCAAUGUUUGGUAGCGGGUUCCCUAAAGCUUCCUUGGGAAACAAGGCCGAAUUGGAUCCUUAUGUGAAUUCAGGCUGGAACUUAAAUAAUUUACCUCGGCUUCCUGGUUCAGUUCUUUCAUUUGAGCGUGAGGAUAUCUCUGGUGUGUUAGUGCCUUGGUUAUAUGUGGGAAUGUGCUUUUCUUCAUUUUGUUGGCAUGUGGAAGAUCACCAUCUUUAUUCUUUGAAUUACAUGCACUUUGGUGAUCCAAAAGUAUGGUAUGGGGUUCCAGGCAGUGAUGCAGUGAAGCUGGAGGAUGCCAUGCGAAAACACCUUCCCGAGUUGUUCGAAGAGCAACCAGAUUUGCUGCAUGAAUUGGUUACCCAAUUGUCUCCGUCUGUCCUGAAAUCUGAAGGAGUUCCUGUAUACCGUGCCAUUCAGAACUCUGGAGAAUUUGUUCUUACUUUUCCAAGAGCAUACCACUCUGGUUUCAACUGUGGCUUCAAUUGUGCUGAGGCAGUAAACGUUGCUCCGGUAAACUGGCUUCCACAUGGUCAAUGUGCUGUUGAGUUGUAUAGUGAACAACACCGCAAGACUUCCUUGUCCCAUGAUAAGUUACUGCUAGGUGUUGCAUGGGAAGCUGUUAAAGAGCAGUUGGAGCAAUCUCACCUGCAGGGUAACAAUCCAAGAUCCCUGACGUGGCAAAAUUUUUGUGGGAAUGAUGGAGUAUUAACUGAGGCCAUUAAGGCAAGAGUCAUUAUGGAACAUAAAAGAAGGGAGAAUGUUUCUAGUAUUUCAAAUGUGAGAAAGAUGGAUAAUAAUUUUGAUUUAUCGACUGAAAGAGAAUGCUUUUUGUGCUUCUAUGAUCUACAUCUUUCUGCAGCUGGUUGUGAAUGCUCUCCAAAUCGUUAUGCAUGUCUAUCCCAUGCAAAACUUAUAUGCUCGUGUGACCCUAGUAAAAUGAUUUUACUUGUUCGACAUAACUUGGAUGAGCUAAAUGCCCUUGUGCUGGCUCUGGGAGGGGAUCUGGGUGCAGUGAAGCUCUGCAAUUUAGAGGACAUUGGGUUGGCGUUACCUACACAGUCAAAAUUUCUGGAAGAACCAAAUGAUUCCUUGAGUAAAAGCAUCUCAGAACACGAGAGACCACUGAGUGAUGUAAAUGCUUUGAAUAUUGAUAAUGGAGUCCACAAUCAGGAGAUUGAUAACCAACUAUCCAGAGCUCUUUCUCUUGCAAAUAUAGAGCACAAGAGCCACAGUCUUUUUCAAGAACCAGAAAGAAUCCAUAAUAUCAACAAGCCAUCUGUAGGAAUGGUUAGUUUAAGUGACAAAGAAGGGAAUAGUGCACAUACAUACUCUGAUGCAGCACCUCUAGAUGUGAAAUCAGAUGUAGUGCUGCAUAAUGAUGUUGGAUGUCAGGUGUCAUCAUCAGGAAAAGAAAAUAUCCUCUUAUUCAGCAGUAAUGAGGAUGAAGGCCAUCAAUUUUGUCUCGAUCUGAAUGUAGAACAAAUAACAGGGGAGCCUAAGGUUGAAACUGAAGGGUGUCAUGUUGAGUGCACAGAACCAGUGAUAUGCACCAUUAAGGAAGAGCAGAUUUGGAACUCUGAUAUCUCUAGACAGGAGUGCUCCUCAAAUUUCAAGGUUAUGGGUGUAAAUGGUUGUGGCAUUGUCAGAAUCCAAAUGGAAUCUGAUAUCAUGAGAAAAAAUAAAAACAUAAUUGGAACAGGCUCUGAUUGUGGGUCUUCAAUGUCCCUCGGUCCUUGGGCUGACUUGGGUUCUUCCCAUGCUUCUUCCGAAAGAAAUUUAAAUCAAGCAUCAUGUUCAAGAGAUACUGAACUCCCACGUAAAUCUAGUCCUAGACUUUUUGGAGUUGACCUACAGCAUGAUCUGUAUAGUUCAUCACCUUCAGGCAGUCAACGAAGUCAAUCUAUGAGGGAUAAUUCAAACCAUUCUAAUGCUGUCAAUCAAAGCGAUCAUGACUUGGGGAUGAUUCAUCCAAUGCCUAAAUAUUGUGUUGAACCUCUUAACUUUGGAAAGGUGAUGCAUGGGAAGCAGUGGUGCAGUAGGCAAGCCAUCUUUCCAAAUGGAUUCAGAACCCGUGUCAAGUUCUUCAGUGUGCUCGAUCCGACAAAAUUAUGCAAUUAUGUUUCAGAAGUACUAGAUGCUGGACUUUUGGGACCUUUGUUCAAGGUGACAGUGGAAAAUAACCCAGAGAUGUCCUUCACGGCCUCGUCUGCUUUACAGUGUUGGGAAAUGAUUCGGGAAAGACUGAAUCAAGAGAUUGUUAGACAGCAUAAUCUUGGAAAGCAAGGCCUUCCUGAAUUACAAAGCCCAGAAUCCAUGGAUGGUCUUGAAAUGUUUGGGUUCUUAUCUACUUCAAUUAUUCGAGUUGUUGAAGCUCUCGAUCCUUACCAUCAGUGUCAAGAGUACUGGGAAUGUAAGUUCACUUCACCUUCUUCUUUCUCGAAGAGGAUGGAUGUGAAAGAUCUGCCUGCAGCAAUUCCGACGACUUUCGACGCUAAUGUUGGCACAGGUAGUUCCCAUCAGGAUAAGACAAAAUUAUUUGGAGUAAAUUUAUCAACUAAGAUGGAAGAGGAUGCAUCAUAUGACAACCCUGGUGAAUCAGUAGAAGAGGUUCAGAAUAUACUAGGAGGGUUCUUCAAGAAGGCAAGCCUCAAAGAAUUAAGGAUGAUGCAGAAAAUAUUCCGCAGCAAGUCAGGAAGCAGCACAUGGAGAACAGCAUACGGGGCCCUUUUAGAUGAGAUACAGAAGAAUGUGCAUAAAUAAGAGUAGAGAAGCAACUUAAGAUGAUUUUUCAGAUUUCUGUUACGUCUGCGAUAAAACUGCUGGAAUCUCUGGGAUCUAGAAGAGACAUUGCCAUCCGGCCACUAUUCUUUCCGGUAUGAAGUUUGACUUAUCAAAUCCCCCUUACGCCUCAUCAAAGUUUUGGCGGGAUCAUUCUUUUUUGAUUUCCAUAAAGAAUACGGUGGAUUCUUGCAUGGUUCGAUUUGCCUAGGCAGCUGGGCUAUGAUCUUAGGGAUUCUCUUCUUUUUCCUGGCCGUUGUGCAUGGAGCAGCCAAAUGUGAAUAAUUGCUCAUCGGACUGGGCCAUUGUACAAAAGAUAGUUGACUGAUUUAUAGAUCCAAGAAUUUUGAACAUAUGAAGAUGUGAUAAUGUUUCACCACGUGAAUCCAGCAUCGUGGAAAGCAAGUCAUUUGUGAAAUAUAUCAUAUGGUCCAUCAGUGGCGCAACCGUAGGCUGACGACUAAAUGUUCUGUAAUUAUUUAUAACAAUACACUACAUUUGUAUGCAUGCGUACGUUGAAGCAGAGCCCAAAUCUGAGGUGAGCUAAGCUUCAUGAACUAGGACUUUUAAAUAACUCGUUGCAUUUGCCACAUGAUUGUUCAUUUGGAUAAUGGUAAUUGUUUUAGGUGAUUCCUGUACUUCAAUCAUAUGCUGAUUUAAAUGAUAGAAUGAAGUA